UCUCUAUCCAUUGAGUAGACCCAGAAGCACACUAGCCAAGAUGCGCUUCCUCUCCGGCGUUGUUUCUGUUCUAUCUUCAGUGGCCCUGUUGGGUUACGCUUACCCAACUGCAAUUGAUGUUAGAGACAUCCCUACCACCCAGCUCGAGGACUUCAAGUUCUGGGUGCAAUAUGCGGCUGCCACCUACUGCCCCAAUAACUACGUUGCCAAAGACGGCGAAAAGCCGAACUGCUCUGUGGGCAACUGCCCAGAUGUCGAGGCGGCUGAUACCACCAUCAAGCUCAGCUUCUCCGACGACACCAUCACCGACACUGCCGGCUUCGUGGCCGUAGACAACACCAACAAGGCCAUCGUCGUCGCUUUCCGUGGCUCCUACUCUGUCCGCAACUGGGUCACCGAUGCAACCUUCCCCCAAAUCGACCCAGGGCUGUGCAAAGGCUGCAGGGCCGAACUGGGCUUCUGGACCGCCUGGAAGGUCGUCCGCGACAGAAUUAUCAAGACUCUGGAUGAGCUGAAGCCUGAACACAGCGACUACAAGAUCGUCGUUGUCGGCCACAGUCUCGGAGCCGCCAUUGCCUCGCUCGCAGCUGCUGACCUGCGCACGAAGAACUACGACGCGAUCCUGUACGCCUACGCCGCGCCACGUGUAGCCAACAAGGCUCUGGCCGAGUUCAUCACCAACCAAGGCAACAACUACCGUUUCACUCACAAUGACGACCCCGUUCCCAAGCUGCCGCUCUUGACUAUGGGCUACGUGCACAUCAGCCCCGAAUACUAUAUCACCGCUCCGGAUAACACUACCGUCACCGACAACCAAGUCACCGUUCUCGAUGGAUACGUUAACUUCGAGGGAAACACUGGCACGAGCGGCGGACUUCCUGAUCUCCUGGCGUUCCAUUCACAUGUGUGGUACUUUAUCCACGCCGAUGCCUGCAAGGGUCCUGGAUUGCCAUUCCGCUAAUCCCUUACCCACCCCCUUUUUUUUUGGUGAUUCUCUUACACGAUAUGGACGGACGAUGAGAUGAUUCUAUUCUUGUACUGUAUAAAGUUUUGGAUGUGGAGUCGAAGCCUACGUAAAUAUUUAAUAUCCCUAAUUUUUUGAAACAAAAUUCAAAUCGAACCAAAUAUUCAUCGCACCAAAACCUUAAUCGCCAUAAAUUCUCUCCACUUAUUUUUAGAAUACAGAAAAAUAUUCGUCAGCCAAGCACAUUACAUCUGCAGGCAGCAAAGCAGCUCGAUCCUUGCCGUGCAAAGGAUUGCGCCUUGAACCUAUCAGCAUGAGAAUAGCCGACGCCCAGGCCAAAGGAUGCGGUCGAUCGGGCUGAAGCCAAGCCAAUAGUUUGUGGAGGUCGGGACGGAGCGACACGGAUAGGCUAGGGUCGGGGAGUUCUUAUUCGGC